AUGAGUAGACCGAUAGAGAUGACUAGAGUGCGUGAAGAGACACCUGCAGCCAACCACGGCUCGAGGACUUUGACAGUUAAUGAAACACAUGAGGAACAGACUGAACCCGACAAUGACAAUGCUGAACCAGUGGGCGUCUUACGACUCACGGGUGAUAUGUCCUCAAGACGACCAAGAAGUAUUCGCUGGGAUGAAAGUGUUGUUGAUAAUGAACACAUGAAUAAAAAGAAAACAAAAAUUUGCUGUAUUUAUCAUAAGCCGCAUGUUGUUGGAGAAUCAGAUACAGAGAGCAGUAGCAGUGAUGAUGAUAAUAGCAGUAGUGAUAGUGAUGACGAUCGAGCUAGACACUCCAACAACUGUAAUCAUAGACGAAAAAAGAAGAAUCCUAGAGAAGUGAGUCCUAAUGCUUAUGAGAGGCAACCUGUUUACAAAGAUCGCCCACAGCCGUCCUCAAGCAGCAAGUCAUGA